AUGUGUUUUGUCGAUUUUCGUAAAGCGUUUUACUCUUUGUCACAUGAUAGACUAUGGUUGGUAAUGCUAAAAAUAGGUUACCCGUUUCAAAUAGUACAAUUGUUACUCAACUUAUUCAAGAAGCAAAUUGUUGAAGUAAAAGUAGUAGAUGUAACUGCAAAAUGGUUCCCGGUCAGGAUGGGUGUAAAAUAA